UAUCCUGAAAGAGUAAAAUUAAUUUAGACUUUUCUUUAUUUAAAUAAAGCUGGAAGUUUUUUGGGUGAAAAAAAUCCUCAGAUACUUAAUUGAAUUUAUUUUUUUGUCCUUCGUUUCCUGAUUUGACUUUUUCCAGGAUUUGAUCAUACCACUGAAGUGGUCAUGAAGUCUAUAAAUUGAGCUCAUUCAAGAGGAGUCAGAAAGAUUUAUAGUCAUUUAAAAAAAAAAAACAAACAAAACUCCAGUCAAUCCAGUAACGCCGUGGGCUCAGUGAGGCUGUUCUUUGUGGGUGGUUCUGUUGUUCUCCAGACCCCACCGGCCUGCUGGCUUCCUCAUAACUGUACAGCUGAUGCAUUAACCUCAACAGGUGCAUCUUUCUGAAAUGAUCACUUCUGUAUAUUUAGAUGUUGAAACCUGAGAGUGGCCCCCUCUGAUUGGCUGUGCCGGCCACAUGAUAACCUGGCUAGAAAAUGCAGCCGGGUGCUGUCACCCAUCGUUUCUCUGGAGGGAAGCUGGGGAGGAUUUGGUGGCUUGGGAGACCUCUAUACUUUAACAUAUCUGGUCUGGGGAAAGUGGCGAAGUUGGAGUCAGUUUGAGAACUUGUGGAUGGCAAGUGAAGCUUCUUUUCUCUCAGGGAAUACUGUGGGAAUCUCUUGCUGAACUUGUGAAGAAGUGCCAACAUGGCAGAUAAUCCCGAGUAUGAUGAGGAUUUUGAUGAGGAGGAUGAGGAGACUCUGGGCGAGUAUGUUGAGCAGAUUACAACGAUGACUGUGACUGAACACAAGACUCAGUCUUUGCAGUCUGGCUUGCCCACUCGGAAAGUCAGAAAGAGGGCCAAAGUCGACACUUCAAAGUUCAUGACUCCAUACCUGGCCCACAGCAUGAAGAUGCUGGAGCAGUUCAGCCACAAUAAGUAUCGCCAAGCUUAUGAGAUGUCUAAGGGGGCCCCUCCUGCCAUCACCACUGAUACCCCUGAACUGAUUCGUAUCAGGAAGGCCCAGGAGCAGCUCAGUGAGGUUAAAUAUCGCAUGGAGGGAAAUAAGGUUCGAACUUCCAGCUUGUACAAUGGCGAAGCGCGAGAGAUCGCCCACGUGAAGCACGUAUCAGAGCUGAUAAGCAAGGUUCUAUACAGGCAGAAGUGGGAUGAGACUAAGGAUAAGUACCUGCUGCCUCCUGAUGCUCCUGAACUGGUUCUGGCUGUGAAAAACGCUGCCAAUUACAGCAAAAAACUCUACACCGAAUCCUGGGAUGAAGAGAAGGUCCUGUACUAUCCGUACAGCGAUAGUCCUGAGCUGCGCAGGGUGGCAAAAGCUCAGGAAGUCCUCAGUGAUAUUUGCUAUAAGAAGGGUCAUGAUGAGCGCAAAGCCAAGUACAGCUGCUUACCUGAUCCUCCAGAAGUGGAACUGGCCAGAAGAGUGGCGAAUCAGCGCAGUGAUCUCAAGUACAAGGAGGAUUACAAUAAAAACGUGAAGGGGCAGUGGUGUGAGACGCCCUACUUUGACAUAGCUAUUGCCAGGAUGGCGAUGGACAACCUCAGUGAUAGAAAAUACACUCAACAUUUUGAGGAUACAAAAGACCAAAUUUAUUUCAUGCAAACAGAGACGCCGGUUUACGAGACGCAGAAGAAAGCUCGUAUUGCUGCUAGUGAGGUCCAAUACAAGAAGGAAUAUGAAAAGAAAAAAGAUCAGUCCGACUACAACACGCUCCCCGCCACAGAGAAUCCUCUCCUUAGACAGCUCCGAUACGCUGGCACCAUCCUCAGUGAUAAAGUCUAUAAGGCCAGCUAUGAGAAAUCCAGGGGUUCCAGUAUCAACUACUGCGACACACCAAAGUUCCAGAUGGACUCAGUGCUUAAAAAGUUCACUGAUAUACGUUACAAAGAGAAAUAUGAAAACGAGGUGAAGGGACACUACGUUGGCAGCUAUGAAGAUCUUUAUAUGAUUCACUGCCAAAAAAUGGAAGAAAUGAAGAAUGAGCAAUUGUACAAAGCAGAUUAUGAAGACAUGAAAAUACGCAGCUAUUUUCCCCAAACUGUAACCCCUGAGUUUGAAGCUCUCAGGAAGCUUCAGAAAUGCAACGAUAAAGUUUAUCGGCAACAUCCAGACACAGUGAAAUUUACGCAAGUAACGAAUUCGCCCGUGCUGGUUCAAGCCCAAAUCAACGCCAAACAGCUGAGUGACUUGAACUAUAAAGCAAAGUAUGAAAAAACUAAGUUCAAGUGCAGUCUGCCUUCAGACUACCCCUUCUUCAUCCAGUCAAGAGUUAAUGCUUUUAACCUGAGUGACAAUUGUUACAAAUAUGACUGGGAAAAAACAAAAGCAAAGAAGUUUGAGAUCAAGGGCGAUGCCAUUUCAAUCCUUGCUGCUCGUGCUCACACGAACAUUGCCAGUGAUGUUAAAUACAAAAAGGAGUUUGAGAAGAACAAGGGCCAGAUGGUUGGAGCCCUUAGCAUUAAUGAUGAUCCAAAGAUCUUGCACUCUGUUCAUGUGGCCAAAAUCCAGAGUGAUCGUGAAUACAAGAAGAACUACGAAAAGAUAAAGACCAAGUACCACACACCGCUGGAUAUGAUAUCUGUCACCACAGCCAAGAAGUCCCAGGCAAUUGCCAGCAUGGCCGGGUACCGAAGCAUCAGCACCAACUUCUUCCUCCCCCAUGACAGCGUCCUGCUGGAUUUGGCCAAAAAGGCCAACAGCAUCCAGAGUGAUAAUGAAUAUAAGGCGGAGUACAACAACUACACUAAAGGUUCACCAUGGGUACCAUACGGUUCCUUGGAGGUGGAGAAAGCAAAGAAAGCUGCUGAAAUCCUGAACGAGAGAAAGUACAGGCAGCACCCAGACACCAUCCCCUUCACAUCUAUUGAUGAUCACCCCAUCAUGCUGCAAGCCCGAGUGAACCAGCUGCAGAGGAGUGAUCUUUUCUACAAAAGAGGUCUGCAGGAGGUCCAUCAAAAAUACUCCCUUCCUCCUGAUAUCCCAGAGUUCAUCCAAGCCAAAUGCAAUGCUUACAACGUCAGCAAGAACUACUAUAAGCUUGCCUGGCAGGAGUUGAUCUCUAAAGGUUAUGACCUCAAACCCAACGCCAUCCCUAUUGUUGCCGCUAAAGCAGCAAGGCAUGCUGUCAGCGAUGUCCAAUACAAGAAGGCUUAUGAGAAGGCCAGAGGUCACCAUGUGGGCUUCCGUAGUCUCCAGGAUGACCCUCUGCUGGUUCAUUACAUGGAAGUGGCCAGAAUCCAGAGUGACAAGCUCUACAAGAAGGACUACGAGAAGGCCAAACUGAAGUAUCACACCCCAGUGGACAUGAUGAGCUUGGCCCAUGCUAAACACGCCUCAAAGGUGCAGACCUUUGCGGGCUACAAGCAGCAUCACCACAACUACUGCCUUCUCCCCGACUCCGUUGGUCUGGAGCUUGCUCGUAACAUGAGCUACAAUGCCAGUGAUAACAACUAUAAACUUGAGUAUGAGACUUUAAUCAAGGGAACUGGCUGGGUGCCAAUUGGUUCCCUGGAUGUGGAGAAGGCGAAGACCGCCGGGGCAGCUCUCGAUGAAAGGAAGUACCGCCAGCACCCGUCCAUGUUCAAGUUCACCAGCGUCACUGACUCUAUGAACAUGGAGCUGGCCAAGGCCAAUGCCAAGAUCAUGAACGCGAAAGAGUAUAAAGCUAGUGGGGAGAAGUUCAUGCACACCUACCACCUCCCAGCUGAUGCUCCUGAAUUCCUGCAAGCCAGAUACAACGCUGUCAAUGUCAGCCAGAACUAUUACACCUACUCUCAUCGUCGAGAUUUGCUCAAAGGACAUCACGUGAAAGAGGAUGCCAUCCCCAUUGUUGCUGCAAAGUCCACAAGAGACAUUGCCAGUAAUUACAAGUACAAGUUGGCCUUUGAGAAGGCCAAAGGUCACCAUGUUGGCAUCCGCAGCCUUCAGGAUGACCCUCUGCUGGUUCACUACAUGGAAGUGGCUAAAAUGCAGAGUGAUAAACUGUAUAAGAAGGACUACGAGAAGGUCAAGCUGAAGUAUCACUCCCCUGUGGACAUGGUGAGCUUGGUCCAUGCCAAACAAGCCUCCGCUGCUCAGACCAUGGCUGGAUACAGGAACAUUCCUCACAGCUUCAUGCUCCUUCCUGACAACCUGCACCUGCAGCGUUGUCGCAACAUGAUGGAGAUCCAGAGUGAUAAUGUCUAUAAGUUAGAUUAUAACGUCAACUGUAAAGGUAUUGGAUGGGUUCCUAUUGGUUCUAUUGAUGUUGAGAAAGCUAGAACUGCCAAUGCAGCGCUGAAUGAAAUAGGCUACCGCCAGCAUCCCAGUACUUUUAAAUUCACAAGCAAGAUUGACGCAAUGAACAUGGCUCUGGCCUUGACCAACUCAAAACUGAUGGACAAAGCUGCUUACAAAGCUUCUGGUGAAAAGUUCAUGCACACCUAUAAUCUUCCAGCAGACAGCCCUGAGUUCCUCCAGGCUAAGUUCAAUGCUCAGUCCCUUAGCGAGAGCUACUACAAACACAAAUGGCUGCAAGACAUUGCCAAAGGAUACGACAUGAAACCUGAUGCAAUUUCUAUUCUGCAUGCAAAGCAAGGCAGACAUAUUGCCAGUAAUGUCCAGUAUAAGAAAGAAUAUGAAAAGGCAAGAGGCCAUCAUGUUGGCUUCCGUAGUCUCCAAGAUGACCCUCUGCUGGUGCACUACAUGGAAAUAGCUAAAAUGCAGAGUGACAAGCUCUAUAAGAAGGACUACGAAAAGGCCAAGCUGAAGUAUCACACCCCUGUGGAUAUGCUGAGUGUGGUCCAUGCCAAGCAGGCCUCCACUGCUCAAACUAUGAUUGGGUACAAGCAGAUUCCUCACAACUACAUGCUUCUCCCUGAUAACAUGCACCUCCAACUGUACAGAAACAUGAACUUCCAGUCAAGUGACUUUAAUUACAAAUCUGAAUGGAACAACUACGUUCGUGGUAUUGGUUGGGUCCCCAUUGGCUCAAUUUCCGUUGAAACUGCUAAAGUUGGUGGUGAUAUUCAGAGUGAAAAGAAGUACCGCACUCACCCGUCACAGUUCAAGUUCAGCAAGCUGAUGGACUCCAUGGACUUGACUUUAGCUACGGCUAACAACCAGAUCAUGAACAAGAAAGCAUACACUUCAGCUUGGGAAAAAGACAAAUUGAAAAUCCACGUCAUGCCAGAUUCUCCUGAAAUUAUUCUGGCCAAAGCUAAUGCUUUGAACAUGAGCAAUAAACUUUACAAAGCUGGUGUUGUUGAGAUGGCCAACAAAGGCCACAACCUCAAAGCCGACGCCAUACCUAUCGUGGCUGCAAAGACUGGUACCAAAAUUGCCAGCGAUUACAAGUACAAAUUGGAUUAUGAGAAGGCAAAAGGACACCAUGUUGGUUUCCGUAGCCUUCAGGACGAUCCCCUUUUGGUUCAUUACAUGGAAGUUGCUAAAAUUCAGAGUGAAAAGAUCUACAAGAAGGACUAUGAGAAGGCCAAACUGAAGUAUCACACCCCAGUGGACAUGCUGAGUGUGGUCCAUGCCAAGCAAGCCUCUGCUGCUCAGACCAUGGCUGGAUACAGACAGAUCCACCACACCAAUGCGCUCCUUCCUGAUGCCAUGAACCUUCAGCUGGCACGUGUGAUGAAUGAACAGUCCAGUGAUUGGAAUUACAAAGCUGAAUGGAAUAACUACAUCAGGGGCAUUGGAUGGAUUCCUAUUGGUUCAGUAGGAGUUGAGACAGCCAAAGUCGGUGGUCAAAUUUUGAGCGACCACAAGUACCGCACUCAUCCCUCCAAUUUCACAUUCCGCAAGCUGAUGGACUCCAUGGACAUAGCUUUGGCCACUGCCAACAACCAGAUCAUGAACAAGAAAUCCUACACUGAAGCCUGGGAGAAAGACAAAACUAAAGUCCAUGUGAUGCCUGAUGCUCCUGAAAUUGUCCUGGCUAAGGCUAAUGCCAUUACUAUGAGCAAUAAACUUUACAAAGCUGGUCUUGUGGAGAUGGCCAAUAAGGGAUACAAUCUCAAACCCGAUGCUAUUGCAAUCCAAGCUGCCAAGUCUGGUACAACAAUUGCUAGUAAUUUUAAGUACAAGCUGGCUUAUGAGAAGGCCAAAGGUCACCACGUGGGCUUCCGUAGUAUCCAGGAUGACCCUCUGCUGGUUCAUUACAUGGAAGUGGCCAGAAUUCAGAGUGACAAGCUCUACAAGAAGGACUACGAGAAGGCCAAACUGAAGUAUCACACCCCAGUGGACAUGCUGAGUGUGGUCCAUGCCAAGCAGGCCUCUGCUGCUCAGACUAUGAUCGGGUACAAAAAGCUCAUCACGCACUACAACGUGCUGCCCGAUGCCAUGAAUCUGGAACUCGCGCGUAACAUGCAGUUCAUUGCUAGUGAUAACCAGUACAAAAAGGAGUAUGAUAUGUACAUGAAAGGAAUAGGAUGGGUUCCCAUUGGUUCACUGGAUGUUGAAAAAGCAAAAACGGCUGCAAAAGCUCUGAAUGAACAACUGUACCGCCAACAUCCUAGCACUUUAAAAUUCACAAAAGACAUGCAUUCUAUGGACCUGGCUCUGGCCACUGCCAACAACCAGAUCAUGAAUAAGAAAUCCUACACUCAAGCCUGGGACAGUGACAAGACAUCGAUCCACAUCAUGCCUGAUGCAAUGAGCGUUGUUCUGGCAAGAGAAAACAAGAAGAACUACAGUGAGAAACUAUACAAACUGGAUAAUGAACUUUCCAAGAAGAAAGGUCACAACGUUCGUGCUGAUGCAAUCGCAAUCCAAGCAGCUAAAGGUUCCACUGUUAUUGCUAGUGACUACAAGUACAAGACAGGAUACCGCAAGCAGGUUGGUCACCACAUUGGGGCCCGCAGCAUCCAGGAUGAUCCUCUGCUCAUGCUGGCUCUGAACUCAGCCAAGAUUGCCAGUGAUGCUCUGUACAAGAAGGACUUCAACAAGUCCAAGACCAAGUUCAACCUGCCAGUUGAUAUGAUGGCCUUUGAACUGGCCAAAAAGAACCAGAAGCAAGUCAAUCAUUUCAACUACAUCACUCGCCUGCACAACUGGACCUGUCUGCCUGACUCUAAUGACGUGGUUCAGGCCAGACAUGCAUACAACCUGCAAAGUGAUGCUUUCUACAAGGAAGAUCAGAAAAUGAUGCAGGGUCUUGGCUGGGUGCCUAUAGGCUCACUGGAUGUUGAGAAAGUCAAGAAAGCCGGUGAGAUCCUGAGUGAGUCAAAGUACCGUCAGCACCCAAGCAACUUCAAGUUCAAGCUCACCACUGAGGAUAUGCCCAUGGCAUUAGCCAAGGCCAAUGCUCAAAACAUGAACAAGAGUGCUUAUAUUCAAGCUUGGGAAAAGGACAAAACCACUGUCCAUGUCAUGCCUGAUGCUAUGGAUGUUGUUCUGGCCAAAGCAAACAAGGUUAUCUACAGUGAGAGCAAGUACAAACAGGCAUAUGAGGAGUCCAAGAAGAAAGGAUAUGACCUGCGAAAUGAUGCUAUUUCUGUUCUUGCUGCAAAAGCCUCAAGAGAUAUAGCUAGUGAUUACAAAUACAAGACAGGAUACCGCAAGCAAGUCGGUCACCACAUUGGAGCCCGCAGCAUCCAGGAUGAUCCUCUCCUCAUGCUGGCUCUGAACUCAGCCAAGAUUGCCAGUGAUGCUCUGUACAAGAAGGACUUCAACAAGUCCAAGACAAAGUUCAACCUGCCAGUGGACAUGAUGAUUCUUGAAUUGGCCAGAAAGAACCAGAAGCAAGUCAACCAUUUCAACUACAUCACUCGCCUCCACCAGUGGACUUGUCUGCCUGACUCUAAUGACGUGGUUCAGGCCAGACAUGCAUAUGACAUUCAGUCUGAUGCUGUUUACAAGGAGGAGCUGAAGAUGAUGCAAGGUAUUGGAUGGGUCCCAAUAGGUUCAUUGGAUGUUGAGAAAGCAAAAAAAGCUGGUGAGAUCCUAAGUGAGAGACAGUACCGUCAGCACCCGAGCAACUUCAAGUUCAAGGUCACCACUGAGGAUAUGCCGAUAGUUCUCGCUAAAGCUAAUGCUAAGGUUAUGAACAAGAAAUCGUAUGUUGAAAGCUGGGACAAUGAAAAGUCGAACAUCCACAUCAUGCCUGACGCCAUGGAUUGUGUUCUAGCCAGAGCUAAUAGUUAUAAUUACAGCUUGAAAAAAUACAAAGAAGAAAAUGAAGAGGCCAAGAAGAAGGGCUAUGACAUGCGCAAUGAUGCCAUCUCCAUCAUAGCAGCAAGGGCAUCCAGAGAUAUUGCCAGUGAUUACAAGUACAAGACAGGAUACCGCAAGCAAGUCGGUCACCACAUUGGAGCCCGCUGUGUCCAGGACGACCCCCUGAUCAUGCUGGCUCUGAACUCAGCCAAAAUCGCCAGUGAUGCUCUGUACAAGAAGGACUUCAACAAGUCCAAGACCAAGUUCAACCUGCCCGUGGACAUGAUGAUUCUAGAACUGGCAAAGAAGAACCAGAAGCAAGUCAACCAUUUCAACUACAUCACUCGUCUACACCAGUGGACCUGUCUGCCAGACUCCAAUGACGUGGUUCAAGCCAGACAUGCAUAUGACAUUCAGAGUGAUGCUGUAUACAAAGAAGACCUGAAGAUGAUGCAGGGCAUCGGGUGGGUCCCCAUAGGUUCACUGGAUGUUGAGAAGGCAAAGAAAGCUGGGGAAGUUCUGAAUGAAAGAAUGUACCGUCAACAUCCGAGCAACUUCAAGUUCAAGUGCACUACCGAGGACAUGCCUUUGGUGUUGGCUAAAGCCAAUGCUCAAGUUAUGAACAAGAAAGCCUACACUGAAGUUUGGGACAAAGAAAAGACAAAGAUCCACAUCAUGCCGGAUGCAAUGGAUGUGCUCCUAGCUAAGGCAAACAAUGUCAACUACAGUGUGAAAAAGUACAAACAAGCACAUGAAGACUCUAAGAAGAAGGGCUAUGACCUGCGGGGGGAUGCUAUAUCUGUUAUUGCUGCAAGGGCAUCCAGGGACAUUGCAAGCGAUUACAAGUAUAAGACAGGAUACCGCAAGCAAGUCGGUCACCACAUUGGGGCCCGCAGCAUCCAGGAUGAUCCUCUGCUCAUGCUGGCUCUGAACUCAGCCAAGAUUGCCAGUGAUGCUCUGUACAAGAAGGACUUCAACAAGUCCAAGACCAAGUUCAACCUGCCAGUUGAUAUGAUGGCCUUUGAACUGGCCAAAAAGAACCAGAAGCAAGUCAAUCAUUUCAACUACAUCACUCGACUGCACAACUGGACCUGUCUGCCUGACUCUAAUGACGUGGUUCAAGCCAGGACGGCGUAUGACCUCCAAAGUGAUGCCGUGUACAAAGCUGACCUGAAGUGGCUCCAGGGUCUGGGCUGGGUACCUAUUGGGUCAGUUGAUGUGGAAAAAGCCAAGAAAGCUGCAGAGAUUUUGAGUGAAAUAAAGUACCGCCAGCACCCCAGCACUGUGGCAUUCACCAGUCCAACAGAUGCCAUGAACAUCGUCCUUGCAAAGAAUAAUGCCUUGACUAUGAACAAGCGCCUCUACACUGAAGCAUGGGAGAAAGACAAAGUGAAGCUGCACAUUAAACCAGACACUCCUGAGAUCAUCCUCGCUCAACAAAAUGCAGUGAACACAAGCAAGAAAUUAUACAGACAAGGUUUUGAGGAAACCAUCAAGAAAGGCUACUUCCUUCCUCCUGACUCAGUCUCUGUCAAGGCUGCUAAGGGUUCUAGGGAUAUCAUCAGUGAUUACAAGUACAAGACAGGAUACCGCAAGCAAGUCGGUCACCACAUUGGAGCCCGCUGUGUCCAGGACGACCCUCUGAUUGUGCUGGCUCUGAACUCAGCCAAAAUCGCCAGUGAUGCUCUGUACAAGAAGGACUUCAACAAGUCCAAGACCAAGUUCCAUCUACCAGUGGACAUGCUUAACCUUGAAUUGGCAAAGAAAUGCCAGAAGCAAGUCAACCAUUUCAAUUAUAUCACUCGUCUGCACCAGUGGACUUGCCUGCCAGACUCCAAUGAUGUUGUUCAGGCCAGGAAAGCCUAUGAUCUUCAGAGUGAUGCCGUGUACAAGGCAGACUUAGAUGAGAUUGUCGGUGUAGGGUGGGUUCCCAUCGGCUCUCUGGAUGUGCUGAAGGCUAAGAACGCUGCAAAGAUUCUCAACGACCGUCUUUACAAGCAGAAACCAGAGACUCUGAAAUUCACUACUGACAUGCAGUCUAUGCCCAUGGUCUUAGCAAAAACUAAUGCUGAUAUCAUGAAUAAGAAAAACUACAUUGCUGCUUGGGAGGCAGAUAAGAUUAAGACCCAUGUGACCCCAGACCUUCCUGAACUGCUACUUUCUAAAGCUAAUGCCUACAACAUCAGCAAGAAAAACUACAGAGAAGAUGUCGAGAAGAUUUUCAGAAAGGGCUACGACAUGAAGGCUGAUGCUGUUUCGAUCAUUGCCGCCAAACAUGGAAGAAAUAUCAUCAGUGACUACAAAUACAAGACAGGAUACCGCAAGCAGGUCGGGCACCACAUUGGAGCCCUCAGCGUCAAUGACGACCCUCUGAUUGUGCUGGCUCUGAACUCAGCCAAGAUUGCCAGCGAUGUUCUGUACAAGAAGGACUUCAACAAGUCCAAGACCAAGUUCCAUCUCCCAGUGGACAUGCUAAAUCUUGAACUUGCAAAAAAAUGCCAGAUCCAAGUCAAUGAUUUUAACUAUAGAACUCGUCUCCAUAACUGGACCUGUCUGCCGGACUCCAAUGAUGUUGUCCAGGCCAGGAAGGCUUAUGACCUGCAAAGUGAUGCUGUUUAUAAGGCUGACAUGGAAUGGGUCAAGGGAAUGGGAUGGGUACCUAUAGGUUCAGUUGAUGUUGAGAAAGCCAAAAAAGCAGCUGAGAUUCUGAGUGAGCGGAAGUACCGCCAGCAUCCCAGCACCUUCAAAUUCACUGCCAAGACAACCGACAUGCCAUACGCCCUCGCCCAGGCCAAUGCCCAAGUCAUGAACAAGAAAGCAUAUAUUGCUGCCUGGGAGAGUGAUAAGACCAACCUCCACAUCAUGCCUGACACUCCAGAGAUCCUCCUGGCCCAGCAGAAUAAACUCAACACCAGUCUGAAAUAUUAUCGUGAAGGAUUUGUGAACACCAUAAACAAGGGCUACAAUCUUCCUAAGGAUGCUGUUUCUGUUUUAGCUGCCAAGGCAUCUCGUGACAUUGUCAGCGAUUACAAAUAUAAGGCUGGAUUCCGUAAGCAAUGUGGCCAUCACAUUGGUGCCUUGAGUGUUCAGGAUGAUCCACUGAUUGUAUUAGCUGCUCACGCGGCAAAGAUCUCCAGUGACAACAUCUAUAAGAAAGACUUCAACAAGACCAAGACAAAAUAUCACCUUCCAGUUGACAUGCUGUCUGUCGAACUCGCCAAGAAGUGCCAACGACAAGUCAAUGAUGCCAACUAUAGAACCUACCUGCACCAGUGGACUUGCCUGCCAGACUCCAAUGAUGUGGUCCAGGCCAGAAAGGUCUACGACCUGAAAAGUGAUGCCGUGUACAAAGCCGAUCUGGAGUGGCUGAGAGGAUGUGGCUGGUCACCUCAUGAUUGUGUGGAUGUUGUCAAAGUGAGACAUGCUCAGAAGGUUCUGAAUGAUAGGCUGUACCGUCAGCACCCAAGCACUGUCAAGUUCACCAGCGUUGUGGAUCUGCCAGCUAUCGUCUUAUCCAAACAAAAUGCUGACAACAUUAGUGAUAGAAAAUAUAGAGAAGUGUGGGAUAAAGACAAACUGACCAUUCACAUGCCAUCAAAUGCACCUACCUUUGAACUGGCUAAGGCAAAUGCUGUGACUAUCAGCAACAAAUUGUACACAAAAUUAUGGGAUGACCAGAAGGCCAUGGUCUACCAUAUCAAGGAGGAUGCCAUCUCUGUGCUGAAAGCUAAAGCUUCCAGGGAUAUCAUUAGUGACUACAAGUACAAGACAGGAUACCGCAUGCAGGUCGGCCACCACAUUGGAGCCCGCUGUGUCCAGGACGACCCCCUGAUCAUGCUGGCUCUGAACUCAGCCAAAAUCGCCAGUGAUGCUCUCUACAAGAAGGACUUCAACAAGUCCAAGACCAAGUUCAACCUGCCAGUGGACAUGCUGAACCUUGAACUUGCCAAAAAAUGCCAGAAGCAAGUCAACGACUUUAACUACAGAACAUACCUGCAUCAGUGGACAUGCCUACCAGACUCCAAUGACGUGGUUCAAGCCAGGAAGGCCUAUGAUCUCCAAAGUGAUGCUGUGUACAAAGCUGACAUGGAGUGGCUACGUGGCUGUGGAUGGUCGCCACACGAGUGCGUAGAUGUUAUGAAGGCUAAGAAUGCGCAGAAGAUCCUUGCUGAUAGAGGCUACCGUGUUCAGCUGGAUAGGCAGCCGUUCAUGGUUCCUUCCGACAGAAUGGAUAUUGUGCGUGCCAAGAACGCAGCUAGUGUCCUGAAUGAGGUGAAAUACCGUGAGGCUUGGCAUCAGGACAAGAUCAAUUACUCAUUGGUCGAGACUCCAGUGAUUGCCACAGCCAGGGAAGUGGCUAAAAACAUUCACCCGAAACUGUACACUGAUGCAUGGGACAAAGUGAAAGCUACGGGAUACUUCAUGCCUCCAGACGCUGUUUCCAUCAAGCAGUGCAUCUCUACAAGUCAAGUGCAAAGUAAUCAUAAAUAUCUGGAAAGUUACCGCAAGCAGGUCGGCCACCACAUUGGAGCCCGCUGUGUCCAGGACGACCCCCUGAUCAUGCUGGCUCUGAACUCAGCCAAAAUCGCCAGUGAUGCUCUCUACAAGAAGGACUUCAACAAGUCUAAGACCAAGUUCAACCUUCCAGUGGACAUGCUGCAGUUUGAACUGGCCAAAAAAUGCCAGAAGCAAGUGAAUGAUGAAAACUACAGAACAUACCUGCACCAGUGGACUUGUUUACCAGACCAAAAUGACGUGAUCCAGGCCCGCAAAGUCUAUGAGUUGCAAAGCGAUGUUCUCUACAAGGCCGACUUGGAAUGGAUCCGAGGCUGCGGCUGGGUGGCAGCUGACUCUGUUGAUCAUGUCAAAGUCAAGAAAGCUCAGGAAGUUCUUAAUGACAGACUCUACAAGAAACAUGCUAAAGAGGAGUUUGGAAAAUUCACCCUUGUUGUGGAUCGCCCUGAGAUUGUCUUGGCAAAAAUAAAUGCUGCCAACCUCAGUGAUCUGAAAUACAAAGAAAGUUUCAAUGCAGAAAAGGGUCAUUACAUCGGCUCAGAUGAUACUCCUCAACUGGCCCACAGCAGAGAAGUGGCAAAGAUCAUCAGUGAGAAAACCUACAAAAUGCAGUGGGAUGAGAGCAAGGCUACAAGCUAUCAGCUAAACCACGAGUUUAUCCCACUGCUCACUGGAAAGAAGGGCAGAGAAAUUGCCAGUGAUGCGAAGUACAAAGAUGCUCAUGAGAAAGCUAAGGGUCACUACAUUGCCGGGACUCUGGUGGACUUCCCUGAGGUGGUGCGCUGCGGGCAGCAGGAGAAGAGUAAGCCAUUGAGGGUCUACCAGAAGGACUACCAUCAAUCUAAGACUAAAAAUCACAUCCCAUCCGACAUCAUCGCUAACCAGGUAGCUAAGCGCUGCCAGGACAUGUUGAGCAACGUCCUGUAUCGCACCUACCUGCACCAAUGGACCUGCCAUCCAGAACAAGAGGACGCCAUCCGUGCCCGCAAGACCAACGAGAUACUCAGUGAUGUGUUUUACAAAGACGACCUGAACUGGAUGAAGGGAAUUGGCUGCUAUGUCUGGGACACACCAGAGAUUGUCCGUGCCAAGAAGUCCUAUGAGCUGCAAAGUGAUCUUAAGUAUAGAGCUGAUGCCAAAAAGGAGUUCAACAACUACUCAAUCGUGACAGACACCCCAGAGUAUGUGACGGCUGUCCUGGGUCACACUUGGGCCAGUGAGCUGAACUACAGGGAGGCAUAUCACAAGGAGAAGCACUUGUACACCGCUAUCCUGGAUACCUACGACUAUGCCAGAUGCCACAACUUCAAGUACUUCUUCAGCAAUAAAAUCUACACAUCUGCCUGGGACAAAAUCAAAGCAAAGAGCUAUCGCAUCCCACAUGACUCACACGCGCUGCAGCAUGCAAAACAACAGAAAGUCGUGCUCAGCAAUGUGAAAUACAAGGAAGACUAUGAAAAGUUCAAAUCCCUUUACAGUCUGCCUAAGUCCCUUCAGGAUGAUCCUGCCACCGCUCGCUGCGUCCAAGUCGGAAAGCUGGUCUUAGAUCGUCUGUACAAAGACAAUUACGAGAAGACCAAGGCCAAAAAUCACAUCCCCCCAGACAUGCUGGAGAUCCUGUCCGCCCGUAACACCCAGAACACUGUCAGUGGCAUCAACUACCGAAAGUAUCUGCACCAGUGGAUCUGUAUGCCUGACAUGCAGAUGUAUGUCCAAGCGCGCAAAGUCAAUGAACAGCUCAGUGAUAUUUUCUACAAAGAUGACAUGAACUGGCUGAAGGGUAUCGGCUGCUAUGCCUGGGACACUCCAGAGAUCCUCCGUGUCAAACAUGCUGGUGUCCUUCAAAGUGAGGCCAAGUACAGAGCCAAAGGUAUUGAAGCAUUUAAGGAGUACACUGUGGUGACGGACACUCCCGUGUAUGAGACGGCCAAGCAAAACGCCCAGAAUCUGAGUGAUCUCCACUAUCGCUAUGACUACAACGCAAACGUCAAGGGAAGCAGCAGCUCGCCCGCUGUUACCAUUGAGACGGAAAGAGCACGGAUGGCUAACCACAUCCAGAGUGAUAAAUGGUACAAGGAGGCCAACAAGAACUUCAUGCCCACUGGUUACUCCCUCCCCAGCGACACUCCUCUGAUCAAACAGGCAAAGAUAAACAAAGUUGUGACCAGCAGCUAUAAAUACAAGGAAGCCUAUGAGAUGAUGAAGGCGAAGGCGUAUACUCUUCAUCCAGAGGGUGUCAGCUUUGUGAACACCAGGAAAGUUAACAAGAUCAUCAACGAUCGUUUGUAUCGUGAGGCUUACGAGAAGCAGAAGGACAAGAUCCACUUGACCUACGACACUCCUGAUAUCAAUCAAGUCAAGAUGAACCAACGAAACCUCAGUGAUCUCCGCUACAAAGAGAAGUACUACAACAGCAGAGGCCAGCUGAUCUCCAUGCCCAUGACACCUGAACUCAUACACUGCUACCACGUCAAUGAGAUCACAAGCGACCUAAAAUACAAAGAGGAUCUGGUGUGGCUGAGAGGCGUGGGCUGCUUCUUGUACGACACCCCUGAGAUGAUUCAUGUCCGCAACAUCACCAAACAAAGGACGAACUAUCCAGUGGAGGCAAAGAAAAACCUUGCUAACUUCACUGUGGUUCUGGAUACUCCAGAGUACAAGCGUGUAACUGAGCUGAAGACGCACAUGAGUGAUCUAAUCUACAAAGCUGAUAGCAAGCAGGAAAUGGCCAAGGUUACUUCCACUGCUGAUUCUCUGGACAUCAAGAGGGUCAAAUGGGCUCAACAGCUCUCCAACAAGUACCAGUAUACAAAUCUGGCAAGCAAGGAGAGGGCACACUUCACACCAGAAAAAGAAACUCCAGACAUGGAGCAUGCCAGAAGGAUGAAAGUAGUCUACAGUGAUAACAAGUACAAGGACCAGUAUGAGAAGAUGAAACACAGGUAUACUGCCAUUCCUGAUACCCCUCACCUGAUACGUGCCAAGAAAGCAUACCUGCAGUCCAGUGAUCUGCGCUACAAGGAGACCUUUGAGCUUUCCAAGGGUCACUACCACACCGUCAAGGAUGCUUUGGACAUCGUCUGCCACCGCCGAGUCACUGACGACAUCAGUGAGGUGAAAUACAGAGAAAAAUACAUCAGCACUCUGGGAACGUGGAAGUCCAUCCCCGAUCGUCCUGAGUUCUUCUUCAACAGAGUCGUGGCUGAAAACAUCAGCAACGUCAAGUACAAAGAGGACCUGGAAUGGCUGAAGGGUAUUGGAUGCUUUGUGUGGGACACUCCUGAACUGCAGCAGGCAGAGAGGAAUAAGACUCUCUACAGUGAGAGACUCUACAAAGCCUCGUUUGAGAAGAAUAGAAGCAAUUUUAGAUACACCUGCGACACUCCGUUUUUCCACGCCGCCAAGAAUGCCUCUAUUCUUAUCAACGAUAGACACUACAGAGCUAAUUAUGAGAAGACCAAGGAUAAGUUCACCAUAACCACAGAUGACCCUAGGUACCAGCUGGCCAGAGAAAACAACAACAUGAGCCAGUGGAAAUAUAGGGAGCAGUAUGAACGAGCCAAAGACAAGUUCACCUCUGUCCUGGAGACUCCUAUGUACGAGACCCACAAACGCAGCAAGAAGAUCAGUGAUGUCAUCUACAGAAUGGAGUACAACAAGACAAAGGCUAAGGCAUACACUCUGCCUUAUGACACUCCACACCAACAACACAUGAAGAGGGUCAAGGAGAUCACCAGUGAUUUGAAGUACAAAGAGGUGUAUGAAAGGAGCAAGGCUCAGAUCAACAUGGACCCCGAGGCUCACGAAAUCCGUGCAGCCAAAGAGGCUUACAAGAACAUCAGCAAUCUUGACUACAAGAAGAAAUACGAGGAGACCAAGAACAAGUGGAUCUGGACGACUGACAGACCCGACUUCAUUAAUGCUGCCAAGAACUCUUUGCAGCAGAGCGAUGUUGAAUACAAAUACGACAAAGAGAUGAUGAAGGGUUGUGUGAUACCUGUGACCAAUGACAUGUACACCCUCAUGUACAAGAAGAAUGCCGAAAUGGCCAGUGAUGUGAAGUACAAGGAGAAAUAUGAGAAGACCAAAGGCAACUAUGUGCCUGUUUUGGAUACUCCUCAAAUUCUCCAUGCCAAGGCAGUGCGCUCACUGGUGUCAGAGAGUAAAUACAAAGCGGCCAGUAAAAAGGUCAUGCAGUCUGGCUCCUUCACCACCCUGAGGGAGACACGCGACACCGCUCACAGCAAGGAGGUCAAGAAGCUCAUCAGUGAGAAACAGUACAAGGCCAAGUUUGAAAAGGAAAAGGGCAAGUCUGUGUAUAACCACAUGAUCGUUCCUCCUGAUAUUCAGCAUGCCAUGGAGGUAGCAAAGAAUCAGAGCAAUGUCGCCUAUAAAAAAGAUGCCAAAGCCAGCUUGCACUACACCACUGUAGUCGACCGACCCGACAUCAGGAAGGCCACCCAGGCGGCUAAACUCAUCAGUGAGAUUGGCUAUCGUGAAAAGGCUCGUGAAGAGGCCAGCCGUGGAGGUUCACUGGCCAACCGCCCAGACAUUGCUUUGGCAACUCAUGUGUCCCAGCUUACUAGCCAGGUGGAGGCCAAGUCCUCCCUCCAUGGAGCUUCUUCCUUUGAUACCCCCCUGAUGCGCCACAUUAAGAAAAUGAGUGCGGUGACUAGUGAUGUGAAAUACAAGGAGAAGUUUGAUAAGGAGGUGAAGGGAAAGAAACCACAGUAUGAUCUGAAGGAGAGCAAGAUUUACAAGACUUUGAAGGACGCCAAUGAACUGGCCAGUGAGGUGAAGUAUAAGGGUGACCUAAAGAAGAUCCACAAACCUGUGACGGACAUGGCUGAGUCUCUAUCCAUGCAGCACAGCCUGAGCACCAGCAAACUGUCCAGCGACGUCAAAUACAAGGAGAAGUAUGAGAAGGAAAAGGGCAAACCUAUGCUGGACUUUGAGACACCAACAUAUGUGACUGCCAAAGAGGCCCAGCACAUGCAGAGCCAGAGAGAGUACAAGAAGGCUUUGGAGCAGGAGAUCAAGGGCAAGGGAAUGUUGGCUUUGGCUACGGACACCCCGGACUUCAUGAGAGCCAGGAAUGCCACCGAAAUCCUCAGUCAGACAAAGUACAAGCAGAUUGCAGAGAUGGACCGGGCGAGCUAUACCACUGUGAUCGACACCCCCGACAUCAUCCACGCUCAGCAGAUGAGGAACAUCGUCAGCCAGAAAAAAUACAAAGAGGAGGCGGAGAAGACCAUGUCUCACUAUGUUCCAGUCCUGGACACUCCAGAGAUGCAGAGAGUCCGUGAGAACCAGAGAAACUUCAGCACUCUUCAGUACCAGACUGACCUAAAAAACAUAAAAGGCAAAGUGUCUACUGUAAAGGACACUCCUGAAAUGCUCCGCGUUAAAGAAAACACAAAGAAUUUCAGCUCGAUUCAGUAUAAAGAGGAUUUGGGAGGAGGAACCGCUUUGCCAGAGACCCCCGAGAUGGAAAGAGUCAAACGGAACCAGCGAAACAUUAGCACGAUUCAAUACAAGGAGUCUUUGGGUCAAGGCACAGCCAUACCAGAUCUUCCAGAGGUCAAGCGGGUCCGAGAAACCCAGAAGAAUAUCAGUCUGCAUCACUACAAAGAAGGAGUGGGACAAGGCACCUCGGUGUCAGAGACCCCAGAGAUGGAGAGAGUUAAACGCAAUCAGCAGAACAUUAGCAUGAUAAAAUACAAGGACUCUCUGGGUCGAGGCACAGCUAUACCGGAUCUUCCUGAAGUGAAGCGGGUCAAAGAAACCCAGAGGCACAUCAGCUCGGUUUUCUAUAAGGACAGUUCCGCCAAGGGAACUCCAGUGGUGUUCACUCCAGAGAUGGAGCGGGUCAAAAGGAACCAAGAAAACAUUAGCUCGGUGCUGUACUCUGACAGCUUCCGCAAACAGGUCCAAGGCAAGGCCGCCUUCGUCCUGGACACACCUGAAAUGAGGCGCGUCAGGGAGACCCAGCGGAUCAUCUCAGGGGUAAAAUACCAUGAAGACUUUGAGAAAAGUAAGGGAAGCUUCACUCCCACCACCUCUGAUCCGGUGACCGAGCGGGUCAAGAGGACCACGCAGGAAUUCAGCGACAUCAGCUACCGCGGCAUCCAGAGGCGCGUGGUGGAGAUGGAGAGGAGACGAGCUAUCGAGCACGACCAGGAGACCAUCACAGAUCUGCGUGUGUGGCGCACCAACCCCGGCUCUGUGUUUGACUACGAUCCCGCUGAGGACAACAUCCAAUCCAGGAGUCUGCACAUGAUGUCAGUGCAAGCCCAGCGGCGCAGCAAGGAGCAUUCCCGCUCCACCAGCGCCCUGAGCGGCAUGGCUGAUGAGAAGUCAGAGGUGUCCCAGGAUCCGGAGCACCACCUGUCGCUCUACAGCAACGGCUUCAUGACAAGCUCUAUUGGUUACCAGCAGACUAAGACUGUGGAGGUGCAACAGAGGUCGUCAUCUGUGGCCACCCAGCAGACCACAGUCUCCUCCAUCCCCUCACACCCCUCCACCACCGGGAAAACCGUACGUGCCAUGUAUGACUACACGGCAGCCGACAGCGACGAGGUGUCGUUCAAAGACGGCGACGUCAUAGUGAACGUGCAGUCCAUCGACGAAGGCUGGAUGUACGGCACCGUGCAGCGCACCGGCAAGACCGGCAUGCUGCCCGCCAACUACGUUGAAGCAAUUUAAAGACAGAGCCCGCCCACGGUCCCUCCAGAGUGGACGAGACACAUCCACAGGACAAACUGUCCGGUCUUCCUGCAACCAAAGUGUAGCUUUUAGAUUGUUUUGUUUGUUUCCGUAUAUUGAAACAGUGAUGUUGGUAUUUCUUCUCUCUGUCACACUCUGCUUCCCCGUCACCUGUGGAUGUGAGCUUUAUAUCAUGACACUUCAUGCCGCAACAAGUGUUCCAAGAUGUCAUAAUAGAAAUUCACCAACAAUAGUUUGUACAUUUCAAUAAUUUGACACUAUUGAGAUCUUUUUUUUCUCUCAAAGCAAACAGUUCCUGCUUUUUAUGGAGAUUUCGAUUCAGGAGCCUGUUGUAUCAUAGCUCCUCCCAUAACACAUAGAUCCUUAACAAGGUUUUUUUUUUUUGACAAACUUCUGAAUCCUUGCCUUUGUAAGGAAGGCUGGCCACAAGUAGAAUGUGUGUUUUGUUUCUUCCGAUGAUUUAGGUUCUGGCUAAGGCGUGUCCUCUACCUUUAAUCAGUAGCUAAUAAAGCACACUAAGCUCCUGCAGCA